AUGCCAGUGCAGCUUCACAGGAACAGUCUCGGAAUAGAUCAAACGAAGGCCUUCCCCCCGGGCAUCACCAGUCCCCGGGCAUCACCAGCCCCCGGGCAUCACCAGUCCCCGGGCAUCACCAGCCCCCGGGCAUCACCAGCCCCCGGGCAUCACCAGCCCCCGGGCAUCACCAGCCCCCGGGCAUCACCAGCCCCCGGGCAUCACCAGCCCCCGGGCAUCACCAGUCCCCGGGCAUCACCAGUCCCCGGGCAUCACCAGUCCCCGGGCAUCACCAGCCCCCGGGCAUCACCAGUCCCCGGGCAUCACCAGCCCCCGGGCAUCACCAGCCCCCGGGCAUCACCAGUCCCCGGGCAUCACCAGCCCCCGGGCAUCACCAGCCCCCGGGCAUCACCAGCCCCCGGGCAUCACCAGUCCCCGGGCAUCACCAGCCCCCGGGCAUCACCAGCCCCCGGGCAUCACCAGCCCCCGGGCAUCACCAGCCCCCGGGCAUCACCAGUCCCCGGGCAUCACCAGUCCCCGGGCAUCACCAGUCCCCGGGCAUCACCAGCCCCCGGGCAUCACCAGCCCCCGGGCAUCACCAGCCCCCGGGCAUCACCAGCCCCCGGGCAUCACCAGCCCCCGGGCAUCACCAGCCCCCGGGCAUCACCAGUCCCCGGGCAUCACCAGUCCCCGGGCAUCACCAGCCCCAGGCAUCACCAGCCCCCGGGCAUCACCAGCCCCCGGGCAUCACCAGUCGCCGGGCAUCACCAACCCCCGGGCAUCACCAGCCCCGGGCAUCACCAGUUUACCUCCCAAGUCAGCGUGCUGACCUUCAACAUUCCUACACACACACCAGAGUUACAUUUCAGCAUGUCUUUUGUCGCUAUACAGACCCAGAAUCAUCCUGUUGCAUAG